AUGUCAACACUACCCCCCAACCACAGUCGGAACGACUUCAUGAGAUCAACAGCUGCAGUCAACAUGGCCGUCGCAUCAUCUGCGAAGGCCAAGUCGGCCUGCAAAACGACCAACAACAAUGCCAACCCCAAGGCAAAGACUCAGAUGCACCGUCGCUCGAGAACAGGAUGCUAUACUUGCAGAUUGCGCCGCAAGAAGUGUGACGAGGGCUCGCCAAUGUGCUCCGCUUGCAAACAUCUUGGUCUGACAUGCGAAUACAAGCGGCCCAUGUGGUGGAGCAACAACGAUGCCCGCCGCAAGCACAAGGACGACAUCAAGAUGAUUAUCAAGCGCAAGAAACUUUCGGAAAAGGCGUCGCACACUAUCCAGACUUCCGUCGGUUCCCCUCCGGGCUUGUCGCACUCGCUGCCCACCUCCGCCACUUUCUCAGACCCUCUUGACCGCACCCGCUCCGCCUCCAUUGACUCUCACUUCUCCCCGGCUUUCAAUUUCAAUAGCCCGCCUACUGCAGAAUAUGCCGCAUACAACCCGCAGAUGCACCCUGACUUCAUGUUCGGUGCUUUCCCCUCACCGUACGAGAUCGAUGUCAAAACUGAACGCCAAGUGUACAUGAACGAUGUACCCACCCUGAGAGAGUCGCACGUUUCGACCUUCAGCACCUACCAGACCCCUCCACCUCCCGGAACCAUUCUUCCUUCGUCAGUGCCCCUCGAAGGCGAAUGGAGCGAGCAGGUAUACUCGGAGCGCAAAGAGUCCCUCGGCGAAGAGACCCUCAACGUCAACUUCUUUGACUUUUCCCAUGGCCCAGCCAUGUCCAGUCGCCAAGUCGCAGUUGAGCUUGACGAGAACGACCAGCGCCUGCUGGACCAUUUUGUCCAAUUCGUUCUUCCCACAGUUUUCCCAAUCCUCGAGUCUAACCAGCACGGCUCUGUCGGAUCCGACUUGAUCCUUCCGGCUCUGCAGAGCAACAAGGGCUAUCUUCACUGCUGCCUGAGCAUCGCCGCCCAGCACUACAAGGCGACGAUGAAUGUCCCUGGCGAAGAGAUUGACCAAGACAUCAUGCGACAUCGUUACGCUACCAUCUCCUCCUUGUGCGAUGCUCUUAACAAGGACGAGAACCACCAAGAGAUUCUCGAGGCUGCAUUGGGUCUCAUUUUCUUCCAGUGCGUCGUUGGUCGCUAUGACGACUCACUUCCUGACAUCCCAUGGCACCAGCACUUCCAGGCUGCCAUCAGUCUUGUCCAGAAGCUUGACCUCCCGCGCCUGGUAUCGGAUCCCAAUGAACAUAUGCUCCAGACCCCCUUCAACAUGACCUUGACGUCUUGGAUUGAUAUACUCGGCGCGACUAUGCAGGGACAAGCACCCACAUUCGCGCACACGUAUCGUGAGAAACAUCUAUCUUCCAACCCCAGCCUGGGCCUUCGUGAGCUCAUGGGUUGCGAAGACCGCGUCAUGUACCUCAUCUCUGAAAUUGCCUGCCUCGAGGCCCUCAAGGGAAGCGGCAUGGACGAUAUCACCCUUUGCCAGCACGUCCACGCCCUCGGUGAGCAGAUCAACCUCACCGAGAUGGGCGAGCCCAGUCCCAAGAUGCCCUACAACAGUAACGGCAGCCUUUCCCCGAAGCAGCUUUCCAAGAACAUCACAGCCGCUUUCCGCAUCGCCGCUCGCAUUUACCUAUGCAGUUUGGUGCCCGGCUUCAACCCGGCGCAACCCUCCUGCGUCGGCCUUGUAGAGAAGCUCACCAACGUCCUCCAGCUCAUCCCUUCUGGACCUGGAGGCUUUGACCGCAGUCUCGUCUGGGUUUACCUCAUUGGUGGCUCUGUCAGCUUGCCUGACAGCUCAUUCCGCGCCCUCUUUGACGACCGCGUUUCUCAGCUUGGCGAUGUGUCCGACUACGGUUCCUUUGGCCGCGUCGCCUCGCUUCUCAACGAAGUCUGGAUGCAGACUGGUAACAUCAAGAGCAAUGGCAGCCCUGCUGCUAGCCCAGGCUCUUCGCAUGGGGCGGAGACGGUACCAUACAUCCACUGGCGGGAUGUCAUGCAGAUGAAGGGCUGGGACUUUUUGCUGAUCUAA